GUUUUCGAUAAUCGUCAGCGAAACCCGCGAUUUCUUUCUUUUCUUGAAAAUUUCUGUUCCACCGGCGCAGCGAAUUUGGACGGAACGGAAUCCCUAUAUGGCGACGGCGAGCUCCUCUGUCUCGGCGGAGACGAAGCUGAAUCUCGUGAAAGAGAUCAGGACGCACGAAGUUGCAGUAGCAGAGCUCGGCCAUCUUCCUGCCUCUCGACCUGUCUACCAGAAAUCUGGGAACCUCUUUUUCCGUACCACCAUUCAGAAAGCAACAGCAUCAGAGCAAAAACUACUUGAUUCGGCCAAAGCUAAGCUGGGGAAGCUCAACUCGUCUUGAUUUUGUGAUCAUUCUCUUCUUUGAAUCACAAACAUGGCUCGCCGUCAGGAAUUCGGUCUACCGGUCCUUGCUGGCUGCUUGGCUUUUCGAUGGUAAUGAUUGGAAGGAAGAGUUCUGCGGAUGUAGGCAAACCCCAACAAGAUGACUGGAAGACCAAAAAGUUCUGACUUGGCUGCUACCAAAAGUGGUAUAAGAUUGAUGUACAAUUACAAACUUUCCUUUCCCUUUGGCUGACGGAAAUUGGUCUAAACUUGACUGCUAUUAGUCUAUUACUAUGUCAACACCUUGGAUUGUUGUGUAAAAGAGUCUCUUUAGCUUAUUGAGUUAACUAAUGAUUCCUGGAAGCAAAUCCUGGCAAUGCUGC